AUGGAAGCAUAUCCAGUCUCUGGACCCACGGCCGAGGCCUUGCAUUAUUCUCUGUUCACAGUAUUCUCCCGGUUUGGCCUUCUAUAUUCUGUCCGGGUCUUCCCAAACGCUGCAGUGGCCCGCCCUGGUUUCUAUGCCAUCAUUAAGUUUUAUUCAGCAAGGGAUGCCAAAAGAGCCCAGGUAGCAUGCGACAGGAAACUGCUUUUUCAGAAAUCUCCAUUGAGGGUUCGUCUUGGCACCAGAUAUAAGGUAGUUCAACAUCAAGCCUUUGCCCUAAACAGUUCACAAUGCCAAAAACUGGCAAAUUACUACUUUGGUUUCAAUGGAUGGUCAAAAAGGAUCAUUAAGCUUCAGGAGCUUUCUGACCUGGAAGAAAGGGAAAAUGAUGCUCUGGAGUCACCACUGGAGAAGCGAAGCCUGAAGUUCUUCUGUGCUUUAGAGAUGGUGUUGCCAUCCUGUGUAUGCAGGAGUCCGGGAGUAGGCAUUGUGGACGAACCUUUGGAUCAGCUGGAGGAAGGACCAUUAUUAUUCCUUAUGAAAAGAAAGAAGGCCCAGAAGCUUGCUGUUCAGAAGGAUUUAUCAGAUGCAUUCCAGAAACUGUUCAUUGUAGUUUUAGCAAUGGGAGAGUUUGUGGAUUGGGAUCAUUGGCUGGGCUACAGUUUCUGUGCUGAAAAUCCACUCCGCGGGAGCCCCAUUUGCUUUCUGCUGGCUGUCUUGAUCGCUAUGGCUACAUUGUCCGGCAGCUGCACCUAG